AUGGCGGAUGAGGCAAAGGACUUCGACCUCCACUUUCUCCCGCUGGGGGCGCUGGUCGCCCUCGGGCUGGGCGUCGCGGGGGCGCUCGCGGCCCUGGCAACCCGAGGCUCCGUCCACUUCCUCCUGGCGGCCGCGCUGACGGCCGAGCUCGAAGACUCCGCGCGCUCCCGCCAGGCCCUUGUGGAGCUGGAGCUGUGGGCCAUCGUGGCGCUGGACGGGCUGGCGUUCGUCAGCAUCCUGCUGGCCAGGCGCGGCUGGAACCUGCCCCCGCCGCGCUGCGGCCCGCUGCGCUACCUGGCGGCGCCCGGCCUGCUGAACGCCGAGUGGCUGCUGGCUUGCACGACGUUCGCCGUGCAGGUGGCGCUCCUCACGGUGUACGCCUGCCUCCUGCAGCUCUUCCGGCACCUGCAGCCGGAGUUCCCGGGCCUCGACCCGCAGAAGUUCUGCCAGUUCGACCUGGGCGGCGACGGCCCAGUGGUCCUCUUCCUCUUCGGCUGCGUGGCGACGGUGAUCAGCCAGGGGCUCAUGGCCUCCAGUCUUGCCGCGGAGUGGGAGAGGGUCAGCGAGGAGCUGCACCACCAGGAGCAGGAUGCCCUUCACGAGGCAGACACGGUGUUCGAGCUCGACCAAGAUCUGGACGAGGACCUCGACCUCGAACGCGCCCGCGCCUUGAGCUGGGCCGCCAGCCGCCAGCGGAGCAGGUCCGCCACCGAGGAGCUCGAGGCCGACGGCGGCGUGGAGAUCCUGGAGCAGGCCGACGCCUUCGAGGUGCGGCGGCCCCAGCGGCCGCGGUCUCGCGCGCAGGUGCGCGAGCCCGCCGCCCAGACCGCUCGCCGCCGGCCGCCGCGGCUGACCUUCCUCGCCGAGCUCGAGGGGCAGUUCUCGCAGAGGGACCUGGUGACCUCGUACGGCUCCCUGAUCGAAACGGCCUGCAGGAACGGAGACACCGACGUGGCCGAGGGCUGGCUCCGCGAGGGCGCCAAGAUCGGCUUCGCCCCCGACGCCGGCACCUUCGAGGUCUUCGCGAAGGCCGCGGCGGUGCAGGGCGACCUGGUCGCCUGCGAGCGGUGGUUUGACCGGACCGUUGAGGAGGGGUACGCGCCUGGCGAGGCGAUGUACUUCUCGCUCGUCAGUGCGGCGUCCCGGCGAGGGGACCUGCAGAGCGCCGAGCGGUGGUUCCACAGGGCGCUGGAGGCGGGCGUCCGGCCGGGCACGCUGACGCUCGAGGCGCUCGCUGACGCGGCUGGGAGAAAGAGUGCUCCAUCGCCCAAGAGAAAGGACAUCCCUCGAGACGUUGAGAUCAUCGAGGACGCCGACGCGUUCCGCAGGGUUCGCGACAGCUCUGGCGGCCAGUGGCAGGAGCAGGCGACGCCCAGCUGGUUCGCGGACCUGCAGGUGCAGAACACCUGGAGCCGCGCCACGCUGAUCAGCAUGUACGGGAUCCUGAUCAGCAACGCGGGGAAGAACGGCAACCUGAUCGCGGCCGAGAGCUGGUUCCGACAGGGCAGCAGCCUCGGCUUCCAGCCCACGCUGAAGACCUUCGAGGCGCUCGCCGAAGCCGCGGCGCGCUCCGGCAGCCUGUCCUCCGCGGAGGAGUGGAUCAUGGAGGCGAUCCAGGCUGGCUUCAG